ACACACACACACACACACCCCCCCUCCUGUCAGCACUCUCUCUCUCUCUCUCUCUCUCUCUCUCUCGCUGGUAAUCCGCCUCUCUCUCUCUCUCUCUCCCUCUCUCUCUCUCUCUCUCUGCAGUCAUCAUGGCGGAAAUCAAAACGGGAAUCUUCGCUAAAAACGUGCAGAAACGUCUGAACCGCGCGCAGGAGAAGGUGCUGCAGAAACUGGGAAAAGCAGACGAGACCAAAGAUGAGCAGUUUGAACAAGUGGUCAUCAACUUCAGGAGACAGGAGUCUGAAGGCUCUCGGCUGCAGAGGGAGAUGAAGUCCUACAUGGCUGCCAUCAAAGGGAUGCAGCAGGCCUCCAUCAACCUGACACAGUCUCUGCAUGAAGUCUAUGAACCAGACUGGCAUGGAAAAGAUGAUGUCAUGGUUAUUGGAAAGGACUGUGAUGCAUUGUGGGAAGACUUCCAUAACAAACUGGUGGACUCCACGCUGCUGAACCUGGAUGGGUACCUGCAACAGUUUCCAGACCUCAAAACUCGAGUGGCCAAAAGAAGUCGGAAACUCAUCGACUAUGACAGCGCUCGACAUCAUGUUGAAACUCUGCAGAUAUCGGGGAUGAAGAAUGACCGCAAGAUAAUGAAGGCAGAAGAAGAGUUGAAAAAGGCUCAGAGAGUGUUUGAUGAGCUGAACGUUGGGCUACAGGAUGAACUGCCGACUCUCUGGGACAGCCGGGUUGGCUUCUACAUCGGCACCUUUAAGAGUGUGACAAAACUGGAGGCCAAAUUUCACCGCGAGAUCUCUCUGGUAUGUCGGCAGCUGUAUGCAGUGAUGACCCAGCUGGCUGAACAGCACUCUGAUAAAAUGUUCACCAUCCAGGGAGCACCAAGUGAUUCCGGACCACUGCGACUCGCCCGAACCCCAUCACCACCAGAAGAUGAAAGUCCACCUGAGAGUCCAGACACUAGUUCCAAUCAUAUGCUCCGCCCUGUCUCACCUGGACCACCACGGCCCAAAUCCCCUAUACAGCUUAAAAAGGGACCGCCGGUGCCCCCACCACCAAAGGUCACACCUACCAAAGAGGUGGCAGAGGAGCAGAUCAUUGACCUGUUUGGAGGAGAAUUUUUACCAGCACCUUCACCAUCGCAGCCCAAUGAAAGACCAGGAGAAUCUCUGCUCGACCUGGACUUUGAUGCCUUUCAACCAGAUGAGAGUGUUUCACCGAUACCACAGACAGCUGUACCUUGGGAUAUGUGGUCGGCAAACGCCCAAACAGCUCAGCCUCAGGCUGCAGACACUGGCUUCGUCGCCGACUGGUCCGCUGACUUUGGUUCAUUGUCAGAAAAUGGAGACCCUGCUUCAGGAGCUGAGGCCCCUGCUGAAGGGCCACAGGGGGCGCAGGGUGGGGCUCAGGGUGGGGCUCAGGGCUUGCCCCAGGCAGACGGCGGGCAGCCGGGUGGAGACACAACUACUCCACCUCAGGACAGUGAGGCAGCCACAGCAGCUGAAGAUGAGGUUAGCAGAUGGGACCCUCAAACUAACCCCAAACUUCAUCCUUCUGCAGUCAGAAGUGAUGAAGAUGAGACACGGCAGGCAGAUUCAGUGACUAAUACAGCAGGGCAGGAAGACCGCAGGAAGUCCACUCCAGGACUUAUAUUCACCAAUGAGUAUGGGGAGGAGAUUGAGGACAGCACAGAGGACAGAGGAGACAAGUGGUCCAGGUCUCCAGAUGGGUCUGGUUCUGAAUAUGAAACUGCUGAGGAGUGGGGUGAAGGAGGUCAGGGAGGCUGGGCAAGUGCUGAUGAUGAACUUUCAUAUGUAGAUCGUCCCCCAGUGAAUGCCUCAGAGGGACGAGGAGGUGGAUACGAUGGUGUAGAACAGGUUUCAGCAGAGAGUGAUGAAGUAGAACUGCCAGAAAAACCAACUGAUCUGAAACAGGGAGGAGGUGCGUUUGAUUCAGAUCCUUUUGCUGAAACACAUGCAGGAGGUGCGUUUGAUUCAGAUCCUUUUGCUGAAACACAGGCAGGAGGUGUGUUUGAUUCAGAUCCUUUUGCUGAAACACAGGCAGGAGGUGCGUUUAAUUCAGAUCCUUUUGCUGAAACACAUGCAGGAGGUGCGUUUGAUUCAGAUCCUUUUGCUGAAACACAGGCAGGAGGUGUGUUUGAUUCAGAUCCUUUUGCUGAAACACAGGCAGGAGAUAUGUUUGAUUCAGUUCCCUCAGCUGAAACACAGGCAGGAGGUGUGUUUGAUUCAGUUCCCUCAGCUGAAACACAGGCAGGAAAUAUGUUUGAUUCAGAUCUUUUAGCUGAAACACAGGCAGGAGGUGUGUUUGAUUCAGAUCCUUUUGCUGAAACACAGGCAGAAAAUUGGUUUGAUUCAGUUCCCUCAGCUGAAACACAGGCAGGAAAUAUGUUUGAUUCAGUUCCCUCACCUGAAACACAGGCAGGAGGUGCGUUUGAUUCAGAUCCUUUUGCUGAAACACAGUUUGGAGACACAGGGGGUUCUGAAUUUGAUCAAUUUACUGAGACCUUAGGAGAAGGUGGGGUUGUAGUCACUGGGUGUGGAAGCAGCGGGUGGGAUACGGACCCUUUUGCCAACACUUUCCCAGCAGCGUCGACAGGGACUAAGGGUCCUGCCUCCAACACCAUACCCUGGCAGGAAGUUAGUGACAGCAGCAGCUUCGACUCUUCUGUCCUUCAACGAAACUCUGCGUCAGUCUCAGCAGCAGAAGGAGUUAAAGAUGUAAACGUUCCCAGAAUUCACAAAGAACCAGAAAAUUCAGACAUGUCCGAAGAUGAGGCUGCAAACCGGAGAUUUGGAAAGUUGUACCAAGAGCUAGAUACAGAAAAGGAAGAGGUGACAGACACGUUUAAUGGAUUUUCACAGUGCACUCUGAAGGAUUCCACUGGCCCAUCAUUUUUUGCUGAUUUUGAUAAGAUGGUAAGUUUUAAAAUUAUGUGCACAAUUGUAUUGCAGUUAACAUGAUUAGAAAUGGUAUUAGGGAUGUCACAAGAACCGAUACUUCGAUACCAAGUUGAUACCAAUAUACUGAAAACUUGACGGUACUCCUUCCUCCUUCUAGAAUACCGUAGGUAUCAGAGGUACUAGGGAUGCAAUCCUGAACUCCCGGACUUGACGGGACAGCUCAUACAGCCACAAAUAUGAACAUGUAGAAGACAGCGACAAAAAAUAGAGAGCCAAAAGAGUGUUUGUUAAGCUGCUUUAUACUCUAGUAUAAAAAACUAUAAGGAACAGCUUGGAUGCAGGCUUUUUUUUCUUAAUGCAAUGCACCUGUACUAUUAUGAAAAAUACAAGUAUGGAUCAGGACUCAGUAUGAGAUGUUAAAUGGGGAUCGUGGCCAAAAAACUUGAUCGGGACAUAUUUACAUAUCAUAUUGAGAAUUGUGGAAUGUAACUGGUAUUGGUAUUGACUACUACAUUUUUGAUAUCGUGACAGCCCUAAAUGGUAUAUUCAUUUCUUUAAUUAGUUGUUUCUGUUGAACAUUUCUGUCCUUUAAUCUGUUUCUUGUGAAC